AUGGUUGGCGUGCCGAAUAGCAAAGGUUGCGCAUUGUGCCUCAAACGAAGCGUCAAGUGUGACGAGGGGCUUCCAAGCUGCUGGCAAUGCAGAAGAGGCGGACGCAAAUGUCCAGGGUAUGCUCGAGAGAUGAAGUUCGUGGACGAAGGGCCCAGGGUGCGUCGAUUCACCAAGAAACCGCGGUCUGUGAAGCUCCCGGCGGAUGCUCCCAUCAUCGGUAGCCUCGAAAGACAGCAAGGAGCGGGCGACAGGGUCAAUUUCUUCGCUACCGAGGACCGGGACAAGGCCACAAUGGUUCAGCCGCCGCCAGCGGCAUUGGAACGAGAACAGCUCCUGGCUUGUUUCGUUUCCGACAUGUUCCCUCUUGGGGCUUCUGGGGCGCAGAAGUCGUUCUUCGGAAGCUGGCUUUGGCACAUACCGCCUCGCCUCGGGUGCAGUCCGGUCUUUGAUUAUGCAGCGCUCUCCCUUGCCCUAGCCUACUUCGCGCGGGCCUCGGCAGACCAGCUGUCAUUCCAGAGGGCUGAGAUUUCAUAUAAUAUGUCCUUGAAGGCUCUAGCUGCAGUAAUAUCUGAUGAAAGCCGACAGUUUGACAGUGAUGUACUCGGAGCCACUAUGCUUUUGGGCAGUUAUGAGAAGUUCUUUGGUAGGGGUCAUAGCUGGAUUAAACACGCAGGUGGAACUGCAAGAUUGAUGCAGGCUCGGGGCGCCUCACGUUGUUACGACUCUGCAUUUGAUUACUCCCUGUUUCUUGCGUGCCGUGGAUCGAUUAUCUCUGAAGCGCUCAUUCUUCAAAAGCCCUGUUUUUUAGAAGCAGAAGAUUGGCAAAAGAUUCCUUCUGGGCUAAUUGAAUUCCCAUUGUUGCCUAAAUCCCCUAAACUUCAUCAUGAAUUCUUCACACAUCUUGCCGUUGUCCCUGGCAUCAUGAGCCGGGUGAACGACGUGGAAAUGAGAGCCAAUUCCGAUUAUGCCUCAGAGACCGAUCGCUUACUGGUUCUCUCCCAGGCGCAGGCUUUGCGCAAAGAUUUUAGAGACUGGUACGAGGAGUAUAUUGGAAGCGAGGAUGGCCUGAGGAAGCCAGUUCUCUCAAAUGUCUCCCCUACAGAGUCAGAUGGCCUGUUUGACUCCAUCUACAUUUACUACGAUAUUCCUUCAGCGACAAUGAUCACGACAUAUUAUGCGUACCUCAUACUUAUCAACAGAGAGGUCAACCGCCUCGUUCCUAACACCAUCUAUCCCGAACAAAACCUCAAGUUGGCAAAAAAGAUUUGCCAGUCCAUCAAGUAUUGCUCAGAGGCGGGACAAUGCGGUAUCACGACGAUGAGGAUCGUGUUGCCUGUUGUUAUUCUAGAACUAUCUGGGAGAUAUCUACAGUGGGCGGAAACCUGGCUACAGAGGAUUUCGACACCGAUUGAUCACAUUUGA